AUGACUUUCAAAACCCUUACAAAACCUCAGACAAAGCAUACCUUAAAAACUUUCAGAACCCACUUACAAUUCCACACUCACCAACUUCUCUCACAACGCCACAAUGUUGCCUUGAAACUCCAAUUAGGGUCCAGACUUCCAAACUUUGCAGAAGCUCAUCAAGUGUUAGGAAAAAGUCCGCAACUAGGCCUUGUGAACUACAACCACUUGCUUUUUGAAUGCUCUAGGGAGAACAGAAACAAAAAUGUCGUCAAUCUCUUUGUGGGAAUUCAUCGUUUGGGUUUUUUCAUUGAUGGGUCAACUCUUUCUUGUGUUUUAAAAGCUUGUUCGUUCUUGUUUGAUAGAAACUUUGGUGUUCAAGUGCAUGAUUAUAGUUUAAAGUCCGGAUUUUUAGAGGAUGUUAGUGUUGGUACUGCACUUUUGGAUAUGUAUUUGAAGAAUGAGAGUGUUAAAGAAGGGAGGAGAGCUUUUGAUGAAAUGGGGGAGAGGAAUGUAGUUUCGUGGACCUCGUUGCUCACGGGAUACGCGCAGAAUGGAUUCAAUGUGGAGACAUUGGAAUUGUUUGUUAGAAUGCAACUGGAGGGGAUUAAGCCAAACCCCUUUACUUUUUCGGCUGUUUUUGGAGCUUUGACAGAUGAAGGGAUGGUUGAGGAGGGAAUUCAAGUUCAUACGAUGGUGAUAAAGAACGGAUUCAGGGAUGCUACGCUUGCUUGCAAUUCUUUGAUUAACAUGUAUUCUAAGUCUGGGAAGAUUAGAGAUGCUAGAGCUGUUUUUGAUGGUAUGACAGAUAGGAAUGCUGUUAGUUGGAACAGUAUGGUUGCUGGUCUGGUAACAAAUGGGCUUCAUUUAGAGACUUUGGAUGUGUUUUACCAUAUGAGACUUGCUGGUGUAAAGCUUACCAAGAUGGUUUUUGUCCCUGUUAUUAAGUUGUGUGGUAAUAUUAAGGAAUUGGGUUUUUCCAGGCAGCUCCAUUGUCAGGUUUUAAAGAGUGGGUUUGAAUAUGAUAAGAAUGUUAGGACUACACUGAUGCUAGCUUACAGUAAGUGUGGGGAAAUGGAUAAUGCUUUCAAGAUAUUCUCAGUGAUGGAUGAUGAAGUUCAAAAUGUGGUGUCAUGGACAGCCAUGAUUAGUGGGUACUUGCAGAAUGGUAUGGCAGAACAGGCUGUUAAUCUGUAUUGCAAAAUGAGUAGGAAAGGUGUUAGACCAAAUGAUUUUACCUAUUCUACUAUACUUACGGCUCAGCCUGGUGUUUCUCCUUUUGAGAUACACGCACAAGCCAUCAAAAGCAAUUAUGCUAAGUCACUUUCUGUUGGAACUGCACUUUUAGAUGCUUAUGUCAAACGAGGGAAUGUUAAUGACGCUUCAAAGGUUUUUCAAAGUAUAGAUGAGAAGGACAUCAUGGCAUGGUCGGCAAUGAUUUCUGGUUAUGCUCAAAUAGGAGACACUGAGGGUGCCGUAAGGAUAUUUGGACAAAUGGCGAAGGAGGGGAUUAAACCGAAUGAGUAUACCUUCUCUGGCAUCAUUAAUGCAUGUGCAGCUCCUACUGCAGGAGCAGAACAAGGAAAACAGCUUCAUGCCUGGUCAAUUAAAUCAAGAUUCAAUAAUGCUCUAUGUGUUAGUAGUGCUCUUCUUACAAUGUAUUCAAAGAGAGGGAACAUUGAAAGUGCAUAUGAAGUCUUCAAGAGGCAAAGGGAGAGAGAUGUAGUGUCAUGGAAUUCUAUUAUCUCUGGAUAUGCACAACAUGGCUAUGGGAGGAAAGCUCUUGAAGUGUUUGAGGAGAUGAAGAGGCAAAACUUGGAGAUGGACAGUGUAACGUUCAUUGGCGUUAUUUCUGCCUGCACGCAUACUGGACUAGUGGAUGAAGGCCAAAGAUACUUCAAUAUAAUGGUGAAGGAUCACCAUAUUGAGCCUAGAAUGGAGCACUAUGCUUGCAUGGUUGAUCUAUAUAGCCGGGCUGGGAUGCUUGGAAAAGCCAUGGAAAUCAUAAAUGGAAUGCCAUUUCCAGCUAAUGCAAAUGUGUGGCGAACUCUCUUGGCUGCUUCCCGUGUUCACCGUAAUCUAGAGCUGGGGAAACUUGCAGCAGACAAGCUCAUUUCUCUCCAGCCACAAAAUCCAGCUUCAUAUGUCCUGCUAUCAAAUAUGCAUGCUUCGGUAGGAAACUGGCAAGAAAGAGCUAAAGUAAGGAAAUUGAUGGAAGAUAAGAAAGUGAAAAAAGUAGCAGGGUACAGCUGGAUUGAGGUGAAGAACAAGACCUACACAUUUUUGGCUGGUGAUGUUUCUCACCCCCUUUCCGAUCAAAUAAAUGCAAAACUUGAAGAGCUGAGUAGCCGAUUGAAGGAUGCUGGUUAUCAGCCUGAUACUAGCUAUGUGCUUCAAGAUGUUGAUGAGGAGCACAAGGAGGCUAUUCUCUCUCAACAUAGUGAGAGGCUUGCCAUGGCUUUUGGAUUGAUUGGCACUCCUCCUGGAACUCCUCUCCAAAUUGUUAAGAACCUGAGAGUCUGUGGGGAUUGCCACACUGUUAUUAAGUUAACAUCGAUUCUAGAAGGUCGGGAUAUUGUUGUCAGGGAUUCAAAUCGAUUCCAUCACUUUAAGGGAGGUUUAUGCUCUUGUGGUGGUUAUUGGUGA